AUGAACUCUAGCGCUUCCAUUCAAAAUUUAGUACCCUGUUCAAAGAAACAAAGCCCUGUUCAAAGAAAAGAGCAUGUUGUACAGGCCAAACUGUGUUUUUUGUGUUUAAAGGCUGGACACGAUUUAAAGACUUGUGAAUCUUCCUAUAGAUGCAAUUAUUGUAAUGGUAAACACCAUAUCUUGAUGCAUGAUGCCUUAAGCAAAAGUUCUAAUCGUCAAAAAACACCUCAAUCACAGUUUGGUCCCAAUCGGCAAUCUUAUGUAGCUGAGAUUGAUAAGGAAUCUAAUGACUCUAAUGAUUCUAAUGAAUCAAACGAUUCUAGCGAUGAAGUGCAAAAUUAUUCGGCUAAUUGUCCUCCGGUACCUUACAAUUUUGUGGUACUGAUGUCAACGGCUUUAAUCAAACUUAUUUCUCAAUCUGGAAAAUCGAUUGUACUUAGGGCACUCUUGGACACUGCUUCUAACUCAUCAUUUGUUUCUGAGCAUGCAGCCCUGUCCUUAAAAUUGACUAGACGUCUGGUUAAAAGUACUGUGUUUGGAAUAAAUUCUUGUAAAGCUGGAAAAAUCAAGGAAGAGGUUAGUCUGUCGGUGUCCCCAAUUACAGAUUGUGGUCCAAUAUUACCAUUUACUGCCCUAGUCUUAAACAAUUUGACCCGCAACACCCCAAGUGUAAGGGUAACAAACCUUAAUUGGCCUCAUAUUUCUCAACUAAAGCUGGCUGACCCAACCUUUUCCACUCCUGGUCCAAUUGAUGUUAUUUUGGGGGCUGAUCUAACGGGUUUUCCAUACAAAGAUGGUACUCACUCCGGUUCAGUACAAGAACCAGUGGCUAAACUUACUAUUUUUGGUUGGGUUCUAUCUGAGCUCUUUUGGGAACCCUCUUUUUCUACAUCUACCAGCAUUGAAAAGAACCUGAUCACCUGCUUAUCUAGUAGUUUGUCCGACAAUUAUUUUGACCUUGAUGUCUCUCACACUAAGAAGGGUGCUAAUUGUGAUUUACAAAAAUUUUGGGAAGUUGAAGAUCUCCAUGAUAAUCCCAUUCCCUCUGAAGAGGAGGAGAGGUGUGAACAACUUUUCACCAAUUCAGUUCAACGUAAUCGCGAAGGUCGAUACAUAGUUUCAUUACCUUUUAAACUUGACCCAGAGAAGUACCUGCAAUCGAACGUUAAACUUGCCACUCGACUCUUCUUUGGGUUAGAAAAUCGCUUACAAGAAAAUCCUGCUUUUUCAUCAAAGUAUAUUGAAUUUAUGUCCGAGUAUCAAGUGUUAGACCACAUGUCUGUUUCAUCCGCGCCCCUGACUCAUAGUCAUUUUUUGCCCCAUCACGGAGUCUUUAAAACAUUGGAUCCUUAUAAAAAAAUUCGAGUUGUAUAUAAUGGUUCGUCUCCCUCUCCAUCAGGGUACUCUUUAAAUAAUUGUCUAUAUGCUGGCCCUAAGCUUCAAAAGGAUAUUUGGGUUGUUCUGACCCGUUGGCGGAUGUUCAAGUAUGUUUUUACUGCAGACAUAGUUCACAUGUUCAGACAAAUCCUAGUUCAACCCAAAGAUCGUAAAUGGCAACGAAUUCUAUGGUGUGAUAAUCCUAAACAGGCUCUGACUAGUUUUGAUUUGCAUACCAUAACUUAUGGUCUUACCUCAGCACCGUUCCUUGCUUUGAGAGUUUUGAAGCAGUUAGCCCUGGAUGAACAAGCAAAAUAUCCUCUUGGUGCUGAUAUUUUGCUUAAUAAUUCUUACAUGGAUGAUUUUUAUGUUGGAGCUUAUACUGAAGCUCAAGCUCUUGCUGUUCAGCAAGAGUUAAUAUCUAUCCUUAGGGCUGGCAGUUUCUCACUCAGCAAAUGGGCAUCAAACAUGUCAAAAUCAAUAAAGGUACCAAGGUGGCUUGGUAUGAGUUCUGAAAAUGCCUCACAUAUUGAGUUGCAUGGCUUUUGUGAUUCUUCUGAACGUGCCUAUGCAGCCGUAAUAAAUGUGAGAAUUUUGUUAUCGGAUAAAGUCUGUCGAUCCACCUUACUAGUUGCCAAAAAUCUUGUGGCCCCAAUCAAGGUUUUAAGCAUCCCUAAGCUGGAGCUCUACGGAGCAAAAUUAUUGGCCGAAUUACUGGAUAGGGUUAAGAUAGAUCUACAUAUUAAGUCAUUAAAAAAUUUUGCAUGGACUGACUCCCGAGUUGUUUUGGCUUGGAUUUCUGGACAUGCCUCAAAAUGGACAUCAUUCGUUGCAAACCGUGUUUCAAAAAUUCAGUCCAUUUUGCCACCAAAAAAUUGGAAUUAUAUUUCAUCUGCUAAGAACCCGGCUGACAUCGCUACCCGAGAUAUCACUCCUUCUCAAUUAAAGAAUCUCAAGCUUUGGUGGCACGGUCCCGAUUGGCUUCAAAAUCCAGACCAUGAUCUUACUCCAACGUGUGUUGAGUCCCCCUAA